AUGGUCCCAGACUGCGAAUCUGGUGGGUCUGCAAUCUAUAAGCAUGAGGAAAUGCUGGCUACUGUAAUGUGUUAUAUCUAUACGCAGCCUUCUCCAAGUGCUGCUUACUCCCAGCUUCCCUUUUCACCAUUUGACUGCAAGUACAUAACAACAGCACAUGUGUGUCUACUGCCAUUAAGAACUUCUCUUGCCUGCUGCCGUUCACUUGAAAAGUUCUCUUCCAAAAUGAACCGACCAAAAACCGCGUCCAUUAUCUCUCUUGGAACUAGUAACAGGUCAGCCAAUGAUAACAAGCAUAAUCUUCGAGAGGACCAACCUCAAAAACAAAGAUAUGAAAGCCAUAUUAGGCCAAAGAAAAAUAAACCAACCCCUUGGCAAAAAUCUCUUGAGAGUCCAAUGGUGCCAUUGGUUGUUUCUCCUGGAUACAUUUUGUCAAAAAACAAAUCAAAAUAUGAUGUUGUCAUAAAAACGGAUGAAUUUUUCAACCCAAUCCAUGAAGAAACUGUUAAAAAGAAGACUGAAAGUUCAGAAAGAGACAUACUUCUUGAGCAGCUACAACAACAAAUAGCAGAUUUGACACUUUACCUCCAGGAGGAACGCUACACUCACAGACAAAGCAAACAAAAGGCAGAAGAUUUUCUUCGAGAUAAGGUUGAUGAACUUCAGAACCAGCACAAAAAUGAGAUCAGAGAGUUAGAAGAAGAACACAGAAAUCAAAUGAAGAAGCUGGAAGCUAACCAUCGUGAAGAGUUUGAAGGCUAUAAAAGAAUGAUGGAAGCCCAGAUAGCUCACAUGAAAGAAGAUAAUGAUUUUAUCCAAAGUGCAUUCACUUCAUAUCGAGCAACAAUACACGAGGAGAUGAAGGUCAAAUGGGCUCAGAGAGAGCAGACACUUAAAGAAGAGUUUCAGGCAAAAAAUCAACAGGAAGUAGACAUUAUAUGUGAACAGUUAAGCAAAGAGAAAGAUUUGGAAAUGAGUACCUUGUUAAAAGACCAUCGGAAAGAAGUGGAUCAGCUAAAAAAAGAACAUGGUAAAGAGCUUGAGGAUAUGGCCUUGUAUUAUACAGAUAUCACAGAAAAGCUGAAGAAAAUGAAAGCCUUGACACGAGAACUUAAAAAUCUAAAAGGUGAACAUGAAGAUCUGAAGACAGCAUAUUCAGAGCUUGAAAAACAUUGUUCAAGUGUUAACAAGGAACUCAUCAACACUCGAGGUCGUCUGCAAGCGCAUGAAGAAAACUUUGAUAGAAAAGUUGACGAAGUAGAUGAGCGCUACAAACAGAAAGUGAAUAAUCUUCUGAUGCAGAAUGCAGAACUGCGCAGAUUGUUCCGCAGAAAAUGUGAGGAGCUUGCAAUGGAAAAAUAUGAAACAGAUGAAGCGCACCAGGUGACCAUUGAAAAACUGAAGAACAAAAUGGAGGACUGGAUGAGUAGGAAAAAAGAAUCAACAUCAGGAAAUAUCAGUGUUCUCCAAGAGACAUGGACAUCAGCAGGGCCUUCAACAAAUGACGAAAACACUUAA